AUGUUUGACAUACAAACAAUAUUAGUUCGUUUGGUGACAGAUAAUGCUUCCAGCAAUAUUAAAGCAUUUGAGAAUUUAAUAAUACCUGGUUUUGCGAAUUAUUUUGAUGUUGAAGAUGAUGAUAAUGAUGACGAAGGAAGUGAUGUUGGUUUAGAUGAUGAUAAUGAUAAUGGUAGUGAAGAAUUAAUUGUACAAAAUAUAGAUAAAGAUGAGACGAAUAUAACUGAAUUAAUUAAAAAUAGUUUUGAUAAUGUUGCUACAAGUAGUGAAUCAUUACGUAUACCAUGCUUUGCUCAUACUAUACAGUUGGUAGUUUUACGUGUUCCACCAUCAGAAUUAAAUGGAAUCUUAAUUUCGAUCAAACGGAAAGAUCUUUGUUUAUUAACUAAAGAUUAUCAAAUGUUAAAUGAAUUUUUAUCAUUACUAACGUUAUUUGCUGAGGCAACAACUUUAACACACCCUGAAAAUACUCCUUCAAUAUCAUUUAUUGCACCAACUGUAUUAAAUAUUUCUUAUGACUUAUUACAAGAACAAUCGAAUGUUAUAUAUACGUCAUCAUUAUGUCAUACAUUAUUAAAUUCAUUGGUUUCUCGAUUUGGUGGGCUAUUGGAAGAGUUAGGUGUUGAUAUUGACAAAUCUAUUCCACAAAAAAGCUCAUCUGACCUUUAUCGUGAUCAAAUAUUAAUUUAUUCAUCAUUUCUUGAUGGAAAGUUCAAGUUACAUUGGGUUACUGAAUCAUCAUUACCAUUAGAAGCAAAAAAUUUUCUUUGCAACAAAAUAAAAACAAUGAUAUAUGACAAUUAUGUUGUACUUUUACAUAAUUAUUCUUCAACAACAACACAUGCUGUACUUGUUACUGAUGAUGAACAAUUAGCGAAUGCGACAACACCAAGAUCAACACCAAAACGUAAAAGUUUUUUCUCAAAUAUUGAAAGCAAAGUUGUUAAAAAACAGAAGAGUGAUAAUUUUGCAUUUAUUAAGGAAGAAAUUAAAAAUUAUCUUAAUGAUGAUGAUAAUGAUCCAGAUAGAUUUACUUUACUUCAUCAAUCGACCAAAAUUGGAAAUUUUAAAGCAACUGCACUUGUAUCUUAA